AUGGUGUCAAUCAAGUCUAUUCUAAUAAGUGAAGUAUCUCUGGAGGAAAGGUUCUUGUUUAGGCAAGUUGAGCCAAGAGAUUUUCGGGCUUUUCACUGGGUCGUGAGGUAUGGUUACAAGGAUAAAUUCGAAGAACCGAAAGUUUUUGAGCAUCAGCUAAUUGAGAGUUUGAAAAACUUCAUUCGACACGAGUAUUUCAUCCUCGAAGAUGGGCAGAAAGAGCAGCAGAUUAAUGAUUCUGAAAACACUCAACAUCUUUCGGGAUUGUUGCAUAAUGAUGAGAAGCGCAGAAUGUCCUGUUCAUCUAGAAGAACCAUGGAUCAAGGUGUGUUUUACUUGCUUGGGGAAGCAGAAGUGGUGGCAAAACAGGAUUCAUCACUUUCUAAGAAAUUCGUGGUUAAUUAUACUUAUAGUUUCCUCAGGAAGAAUGCAAGGCAAGGGGAAAAAACUUAG